AACGCAACAUUAUAUUAAGAUCAUAAUCAUAAAUAUAUAAGUCACGAUUAAAUCAAGAAAUAUUGAGUUAAACCUAUUGGCCGAAAUCCUCGGACCUUCAGCACUCCCAAGGCAGUGCAGAGCGCGCGGGGGGGUCGUCUUUUCGGCCGCGCACGACGCGUCACUGGGUAGAUCGAUUCGUUCUUCCACUUGCUGGUGCCUCCGCUUUUGCCUCGAUGAAGAAAGGGCUCGCAACGUAGGAUGAUGGACCAUCGCGAAGCGAGAUCUUGUACUGUACUCGUGGGAUGAUGUCAACGUUAGGAUGUCCCCUUCCGUAUCCUCCAACACUUCGACGCCAUCGAAUUCAGUUUGCUUGAGCAUAUGCUCAGCUAGCUGGUCUUCGUCUUCAAGCAAGGCAGCGACCAUUUCCUCAUCAUCUUUGGCCAGAAACUCCAUGUCCUUCUUAUCUGCAUCAUCCGUCUCGUCAUAUCGCCGGGAACGACGCAGAAAUCGUAUUCCGUUGCGGCCUCGAUAUCCAAAGACCUUUCCGGCGCGCUGGCCGCGCGCGGAUCCGGGUGGGUCUAACCAAAAUCGGUGGGGUGAGCCGAUUUUCCACCCGAUUUUGCAACUAAAUCCCUCUAUGGACAGAAUAUGUGUGGUCUGUAGCUCUGUACUCUGUAGUCGGUAG